GGUCUCAUUUUGACGCACGCUCUUGGUGCACGACCCAGUGGGGACAAGAAAAAUUCCAACACAUUUCGUAGUUGCGUACUUUCGAAUAUUCAUCAUACGAGCGCCGAGGAGCUGUAGCCGAGCUUUGAAAAAAUUUUCGCAGUUGCCUAAAUAUUACCUGUCAGAUUUCGCAAUUUGAGCUCGAAAUAAGCUACAACAGCUAGCGAAAAGGCACACAAAGGACACAAACGUACACUUUUGGCGAGUCAUCUAGUAAAAGGCAGGCGUGCAAUAAUAACAACAACAAUAGACAGCAAUUACGCAUAGUCUCUAUUGCUUUCGAAGUUCGAAUGCAUAAAGCUUGUUAAUUUCGAAAACAACCCCCGACAGCCAAGUCCAACACAUACGGCACGCAAUCAAAAACUAAAACAACAGCGUAAAUUAGCGCCCACCACCCACACACACCACCUACCGUCUCUGUGAGUGUCACAGUUACAGUCGCCGUCAGUGCUAGGGUACCUACAUAAUUGGCAUCAAUUUUGUAGACAAAAGCGUUUGCAGUCUAUCCAGAACACCUUGCCGCACCCUAUCGCCCACUCGCCUAGCACAGCAGCCGUUAGCCGAAAUCAGUAGCAGCAGCAGCAGCAGCGGUAGCGCCAGCGUCAGCAACUGAUAUUCCAUUUCUCUCAGUGCUCAGUGCUUCAGUGCUUUUAGUCCAGCAGUCGCAGCGCAAAGUAUCGAAACAGCGCGAGUAACAUCUAAUCGGUUUCAUUUAAAACUUCUCUGCGAAAAUGGGCAAGAAAGAUAAGAAGAAGGAAGAGGCGGAACCAGCACCAGCAGCCGAUGCACCACCAGCUGAUAAUGCCGCAGGUGAGGGCGGUGAUGGUGAGAUCGUCGGUGGACCGCGCAAUCCUCAACAGAUUGCAGCACAAAAACGGUUACAACAGACGCAGGCACAAGUCGAUGAGGUCGUCGACAUAAUGCGAACAAAUGUGGAGAAGGUGCUUGAGAGAGAUCAAAAGCUAUCGGAAUUGGAUGAUCGAGCUGAUGCCUUACAACAGGGUGCUUCGCAAUUUGAGCAACAAGCUGGUAAACUAAAACGAAAAUUCUGGUUGCAAAACUUGAAGAUGAUGAUUAUUAUGGGCGUUAUUGGACUGGUCGUUGUGGGCAUUAUUGCAAAUAAACUAGGAUUAAUAGGCGGCGAAACACAGCCACAAUAUCCACAGUAUCCACAAUACAUGCCACCACCACCACCACAACAACAGGCACAAGCGCCAGCCGGCGGCACUUCAUCAUUGGUUGACGGCGGCAGCGCUGGCAACAAAGAGCAGCACGGUGCAGUAUAAAGCUUUUCUUCAAGUGUGCUAAGUUAAACUGAGGACAGCAGAGCAAAACAAAACCACUAAAACCAAAAACCAAAACAAAAAAUCAAGAAAAAUAUACUUCAAACCAUUAGAAAAAAAAUAUUUAAAGAAUUACAAGAAAAUUUGCAUGAAUGUCAGUGCAACAACUUGAGGCAAUUGCAGGCAGUGCGCAAAAUUCUUAGCAGGCGAACACAUAACCUCAAAAAAAUUAAAUAAUUACGCGUUGAAGUGAGUUUUUUUGGCGCGCCUUUUGGCACUUUUUCGGCGAAUUAAUUUGGCAGCGGCGCUGAGAUGCUGGCGGGCAACUUGUUUACAUAACUUUUUUUGUCUUUUACGUGAGCAUAUUUUACGUCAAAGCUCAAGCUCAAGUGCGCCGAAAGUGGAAAAUAUUUGAUAUUUUCUUUUUUAGUCGCCUGACCGACGGAAAUUUUUGUUUUCAUUUAGUUAACGGUUAUAUUCUAUUUCUGCGUCAGUAACUCACGCCCGCUGUCAGCUGUCAAGCAUUUGCCGCCACAAUUGUCAACACUCGCGUGCAAAAAAAUAUCAGCACCAUGUGGUACCGCAAAGAAUCGACGUGCAACGUAUGUUUUCGGCAAUAAUUUCAAUAUAUGUACACCAGUAAUGAUGAAACUCAUACCAAAUUACUUACUACUUUAACUUUAUUAUAUUUAAUAUUUCAACAAUGCGUAAAAGAAACUAAUUACAAUUAAUAUUUGAAAUAUUGACAUUAACUGCAUAUUUGUUUAUGGUUGCGUUAUUUAAACUGCGUACGCAACAACAAACAACCAACAACAAAACUACAAAAUGUGAAAAACCAAAGAGCAACGGGCAUACAAACCAAUGUUUAAACUACAAAAACAAAAACAAAUUACUUGUAUUAUUAAUGCAAAAAUAAUAAAUAAAUAAAAAGAAACUAAAAUGAAGUAAUGAAGACAAAAAACAAUAUGCUGGAGAACACAGUGAAAAACAAAUCAUACAAACUGCGUUAAACUACAGUGACGAGCAAAUAAAUAAAUUUAGUGGGUUUAUGAACUUUUAUAUUUAUGUUUUAUGUCUUGAAAAUACAACAAAUCUGUAUGUAUGUACUUUGCAGAGUAUAAAUUGUAUUUAAUAUUUGUUAUAAAUAUGUAUUUAUUUAAUUUAUUAUAACAAUUUUCAGUUGAAACAUUUAAUUUGCUGAGCGAAAAUUGUAUUUAAGUAGUGAAAAAAUAAAUAUAAGCAAGUUAAUGUUAAUAAAAAAACACUUAUACGAGGCACAUGUAUGGGAAUGUUAAAUUUGUAUUAGAAAAAUCGUGUUUUUGCUUGAAAUGGCGUGCAUAACUACAUAUAUAUAUAUAUAAAUAUAAAUAUACUACAUAAAUAUAUAUGAAACUAAUCAGUGCGUACGCCUAAUUAAUUAAUUAAUUAAAUGCCAAAACUACAAAAAAAAUAUUUAAACAAAACAAUAUAGAAAGAAUUGAAAAUAUUUUACUUUGCUUUGACUUUUUCCUUACACAAAUAUUUUGAAAUUGCGAUUUCUUUAUAUUAAUGUAGAUAUUUUAUGCCCUACAAGGUUUAACAAUCAUUAAAAAUAAACGAACGACAAAAUUUCCUUAGCCUGCAUUACGAACGAUUUCAAGAUUUCAACGAUUAUUUUACGACAAAGUUAAGCGCGAGUGUUGGAAUAGAAAGAAAUAUGUAAGGAAAAAACUUUAUUUUCAUGCAAACAAGUUUACAGUUACAUGUGUGGUUUGUAAAUGACUGCAUUUUUUUGCACAUGACUGUAGUGUCAGAUAUUGCAUUAAUUUUGUACAAUACUGUAGUGUCGGGUAUUGCCAUAACGAACUGCGUUAGCCCAGUUUAUACAACGGAAAACACGUGAAAUAUUGACUGCAUUAAUUUUGCACAUGACUGUAGUGUGGGGAAUUGCCAUAAUGAACAGCGCUAGUCAAGUGUAUGCAACGGAAAACACGUGAAAUAUUGACUGCAUUAAUUUUGCACAUGACUGUGUGGGGAAUUGCCAUAACGAACAACCUUAGUCAAGUGUGUGUAACGGUAAAAACUUAGAAUGUUGACUGCAUUAAUUUCACACAAGACUGUAUUGUCGGGCAUUGCCAUAACGCACUGCGUUAGUCAAGUGUGUGUAACGGUAAACACGUAGAAUGUUGACUGCAUUAAUUUCACACAAGACUGUAGUGUCGGGCAUUGUCAUAAUGAACUGCGUUAGUCCAGUUUGGUAACGGUAAAAACUUAGAAUGUUGACUGCAUUAAUUUCACACAAGACUGUAAUGUCUUGCAUUGCCAUAUAACAUCACGUUAGUCAAGUGUGUGUAACAGUAAACACGUGGAAUGUUGACUAUUAAACGUAACCGUAACAGCUGCUUCUUUUUUGCCAAAGUUCAUGUUGUUGGCCACGCUGUCGGAGUAUACGAAAUUCAGUGUUAUGUGCAUGGCGAUAAUUGUUUUUUUUUUUUUUUUGAAAUGGUUUUGAGAAAAAUUAUUUACGGAACUUAACAACUUUUUUUUCUUUGAUUUAAUUUAAAAAAAGCGAACUGGCAGCGAUGCUAAAUAUUAAUAUUAACAACUGUUGUUACCGCAUAACGGCACUAUAGCAAAAUCUGUAACUAAAAUUUGAGUUGAAAGUUUUUGUAUGAAACACUAAAGUUUUUUUCUUCACAAAAAAAAUUAAUAAUGACAAGGGUUCAUACCGUGUGUGUUAACCGCACAGUGUCACAAACUGUUAAAAAAUUUAAGUAAAGUGUUAAAUUCAAUUAUAAGGCAUGAAUUCCAAUUACUAAAAAACCAACACUAACAAUUUUGAGUACUGAUUAUUGAGUAUUUUCCAACUGCUCGUGGCACUUUGAAGGCUCUUGUGUUUUCUGUUUGUUCUUUGCUGCCUCUAUAAAGUUUCAUUAGCGUAUACAUACAUAUAU